AUGUUUAGUGAAAUGCAAGAACACACCACCCAAGGAGCCAAACAUAAAUUGGAGGAGGAGGAGGAUGCCGAGGGGGAAGGAGAAGGAGAAGAAGAAGAAGACAAGGAGGAGGGGGAAGAGCAGAAGCAGGAUGAGGGGCCAAAGAAAAGGUUGAUGAGGGUGAUGAAGAGAGUGAGGAUCAAGUCCGCGGUGGAGAAGGAAAGGUGUAGUCUGACCAAGGGUAGAGGGGGUGAGAAAGGCGAAUCGACAACCAAGGGUAGUGGUGAGAAGGGGGAAUCCGUGAAAAAGGCUGAGCCGAAGAAAUCAGGCAAGAAGCCCAACCCCACCGUGAAACCCUCUUCAUCGGGAUCGAAGCCAUCAGGAUCCAAGUUGACUGGAACCCAUCUUCUCAGGGAGAAGAUGACAGUAUUCAGCAAUCCCAAAUUCGAGGGGAUUUCACCAAUUCCACCAAAGUUGAUUGGGGAGCUUGCAGGGAACAGGGGACAGUCUGAGCCGAGUGUCAGGGCCUUGAUGACGGGUCUAGCACCCCACCCCAAAUAUCGGAUCCCUUCACCGAUCGACUGGACAACAUUUCGCUCCACCAAAGGCAUCAGAUGGUUGAGCUUGAAAGGCUCACAGAGAAGCUCCAGGACGCCAACUCCCGCAUCGACGCAUUUUCAGCUACGAGCCUUUGGCAAAAGGACACGAACAUCGCUGAGUUGGAGCAACAAGUGGAGAUCCACAAGGCGACAAUCUCAGACCUCCGGCAAAAGCAAGACCCGACUACUAGUGCUUGGAAGUCCAGUCCAGUCCGGUAUUUUGUCCAAAUUUGACAAGACCGGGACCUGGACCGGUCCUCACAGGUUGAAGGACCACGAAAAACUGGACUGA